GGCGGCGGCUGCGGUGGGUCCCCGGUGGGUCCCCGGUGGGUGCCCAUGGCCCUCCCGGCGACAUCGUCCCGGCUGGACGGGGGCUGGCAGGAGGUGUACUCGGCUCUGCAGUGGAUCCAGUUCACCAUGGCCAUGCUCAGUGUUACAGGUUCCAGCUCAAUCAUUGCCUACGCCGUCUUCCAGAACGCAGUGAGGUCCCCCGAGGUUCGCCCUCUUUUCUACCUGAGCCUCUCCGACCUGCUCCUGGGCAUGUGCUGGCUCACCGGGGCGCUGCUCUAUAGCACACCGACCUCCAAACACGAUCUCAUCUGCUACAACCUGCAAGCCACGGGACAAGUGUUCUACGUGGCCUCUUUUCUGUACACUGUCAACUACACCUGGCAUCUGUACAGGGACCUGAAGGUGAAAUACAACCAGAGCCUUAACAGGAUGCCCCCCACGGUUGUAGAUUACGUGAGCUGCAUUGGCCGAGCAGCAACGAUCUUGUCCAGCCUGGUCCCUUUUCUUCUCAUGGUGCCUGUGUUUUGCCUGGGCAACAACAGCAAUUGCUACCAGAACUUCAGUCAGAAGCACGGAUGUCUCCUGAUGCACACAGAGGCAGCUGUGCCCACCACCGAGCCACUGACGCUGAACGGCUCCGUUUGCCGUGUGAUGCAUUUCUAUGGUGUGGGGGUCUUCCUCGUUUCCUUUCUGAUCAGCUUCGUAGCCAUUCUGGUUGUACUCGUUCGAGCCCGAGGUUUGUACAAGAGGUUUGUAAACUCCACAGGAUUCCUGGGAGACCAGCAGUGGGCCAUGAUUAAGGUGGUGGAACAACGAGUGGUUUUCUACCCCAUCGCAUUCUUCUGCUGUUGGGCCCCAGCUGUCCUACUCGGAAUUCUGAAGCUGGUGGUUUCAACAAGCAGCAAAAUCUACAUGGCUCUCCUCAUUCUACAGGCGCUGACAGCAGCUUCCCAGGGCCUUCUGAACUGCAUUGUGUAUGGCUGGACGCAGCACGUCUUCCUCUCUCUCAAACGCAACGCCUGCCGCGACGUUGACACUCAGACUCCUCUCCUGCGCUCCCAGAAGAAGUUCUAUGACAGCACGCUCCCUGCCAGCCCUCCAGACGCAGAGGUGCCCACGUCCACCCUGCUCUGAUGCAUCCCUGCAGCGAAGGGAGAACAGGCAGCGUGCCAGCGGGGCCUCAUCUCAUUCAGCAGUGCCAGCUAGAGCUGGUAGCGGCUGUCUCGGUGUGCACUGUUGUCAGCAGCACAGGUAACUGCUGUGCUGGAAGAGCCUGAGCAGAUCUGUCAGAGAAGCACUUUCAGUGAAGGUAGUUAUUUAUUUUACAGACCUGUAUGGACUUUAAAGGGAUUCUUUAAACAUGGUAAAUCUUCUUUAGUACUACAGACUUUCUCCUUACGGAAAUAUCUCUAGAAAUGCAUUGAAUUAUGUACAACAGCUCAGAGACCUAGUGCAGCUCCUUUGAGGGCAGAUGCUCAAAGGAUGUUUUAAUUUUUUAACUGUUUGUCAGGUAUUUGCCAUUACAAGUUAUCAUUAAAGCAAAGGUGAAUAUUUUUAAA